AUGUCAUCAAUGCUGCGGAUAGGACCAGUGUACUUCUAUGACCAGCUAAAAACUAGAGCAGUUAAGCGAAGCAAGAAGAUGCCUGAAGAAUUACCUUCUGAUAUGAAGUACUUGAACAUUAAUCCACGGCUUGCCAACUUCAUUAACGGCCUGAACAGGAAUAAAAAGGGGGGUCCUGCUCAAUCAGAGAGGAAGGAAAAUGCACUGCCCAGGGAUGAAAAAAUGCGCAAAGAAAAAUAUACGGUAUUGCCAGAAAUCAGCAGCUCUACUUUACCAAAGAACAGUGUGGAAAGUAGUAACCAGAAGCUCAACCAUGUCAUCACCGAUGAUGAACACUUCAUGAACCCCUUCGAUGAUUAUAAAUAUGUUGCUCCCACACUGUUAUAUGAGCUGGGGAAACUACUUCAUUUUUUCUCUCAGUAUGAGAUAAUUUUUCCUCAGGGUGUGGUGAAUGUGCUCAACUAUAGCUGGCAGGAGCUCAUCGAGGGUGCGGUAUAUACAAAGACAUGUUGUCAGUCCUCCAAGAAGAUGACGGCAGAUACAAGUCUGGCCUCCGAGGAGAGUGACAAAGCACCAGGAGCCAGCACCGCACCUCCUGAGACUGUAGACAAUGUAAAGAAUAUUAAAAACAAAGCUAAUGCCUACCUUCUGGAGCACAGCAAGGAGAAAACAGGCCAAGAAUUUGCACAGUCCAAGCCUACGGGAAACAGAUCUCCUCAGAGCUUUGCAGCACGAGUACCAGUCACCAUCAGUUUCUCUAUGUCUUCAAGAGUAUGUGAAGAUAAAGGAUGGAUUUCUGAAACAAAGGAUUCUAAAUCUGAAGAAAUGGAGUGGAGAGGUUUAAUUGGCUGGGCACUAGAGAGACUGCAGCUUGCACAGAUCCAAAUAAACAAACAGUUAUCAGAUUUAAAUGAAAAAGGCUUCAACAAGCCAGUUAUCCUCAGACACUAUGAUGGUACUAAAAAGGAUCCUAUAUUAAAACAAAAGAAGAGCACUAAACCUCCUGUAUUUGUAUUGAUGAAUGGAAAGCCAAAAAUCCCAGAGAUCAAGCGGGAAAAUCCAUCUCUGCAGAAACUCCAUUAUGCUCUGACAGAUGGCUCCUCAAUGGUUUAG